UGUGUGCCACCGUCGGCGGAACGUUGACGUGGUGGCGAACGAUAUCAUCAUCGUCGUCGUCGUUGUACUUGCACAGCAGCAACAAUAAUAGCUAUUAAAUCAAAUUACUCUGUUGGUUUUUUUUUUGAAUUUUUUUUUUUUUUUUUUAUCGUUAUUACAGCAUUAUAUCACGUUAUUUACCAUAAUAUAAAACACGCGAACUUUGUGUAGGAUACGACUAGCACGUGUACAAUAAUUUUGUCAACCACCUUGACGAGUGUAUGGGCACCUAUCGAGUGUUCGUAAUGAGAUCGUAAUUUUCAAGAAUAUUAAAAAAUAUAUAUAUUUUACGUUAAAAUUUGAUAUGAACGGAGACAUGCACCAGUACGAAUGCCGCCAUCACCAACAUCGCAGUCGUCUGCACCACCGUCGUAGCCACGAGUCUCUUCGGUUUUUCGAUUGUCACGUCACUGCUGCCGUCAUGUCCAUUUACCUUCAUUAUUAACAAAGAAAAACUGAUAUGCAGACAAUCGGUAAAGCAGAUAAUAAAAUGGAUUUUCCUUUGAAUUGGACUGAUAUAUUAUUAAAAUCAAUAUCAGGUAAGACGAACUACACAAUAGAUGUAAAAAUAGGAACUAAACGUAUUGCAACAAACCAAGAACUAAGAGACAUAACAAAAAAACGACGGAAACAAUCAAAUCCUACAAGGAUAUCGUCGAAUGAAGAAAAUACAAAAAAUGAAAGCGACAAAAAAAUAUUAUGUUCUAACAGAAAUAAAACCGAAUUGAACAACAGUGAAGAAGUGACAGAUUUAAAAUUGAUUUGUCCGCAAUAUCAUUCGGCUUCUUUACCUCUGAAUCUGACAAUAUCUGAAAACCAAAAACUUUCACCAAAUGAAGGACAAAAAAUGAACUUUUCUAAUGACAUACAAUUGAAAAAAAACUCAUCUACUGAAAUCUAUAAUAACCUAAAUUCUUCUUAUCAAACAUUUAUGAAAGGAAUACCACAUAUUGAUAAGAAAGACUAUUCGAAUGAAUCUUCAACUUGUAUAAGUUCAUUUUCUAAAAAUCAACAAUGCACCUCAGGCAGCACAAAUGUUGGGACGACCUCUGUUCAAAUAUUUAAUCCAGAAGCCUUUUGCGAUCAAUGUAACAAAGAAUUUUGUAACAAAUACUUUUUAAAAACGCACAAGGCUAAUAAACAUGGUGUUUUCAGUGACAGCCAUUCAAACAGUUCCAGUUUAGAUCAUUUGGAUAGAAUUAAAAUAUCAACAUUACCCACGACAACUUGCGACUUUUCUUCAAACAUUAAUGAAAAUUAUAUCGGUGCUUCAACAUCAUCAUUGUUUAAAAGUCCUGUAUUAUCUUCUCAGUCGUCGGGAAAUACAAACUCAUAUGUAUCAAAAAAUAUAUUUAAUAAUCAAACACGGGCGUUUUGCAGUAUAUGCCAGAAAGAGUUUUGUAACAAAUAUUUUGUUAGGAGACAUAAAGCUAAAAUUCACGGAAUAACUGAUGAUGGAGACUACAAGAUAAAUGAAGAUGUCCCAUUAAACUUCAAAACAAAUGAACAGAUGAAAAAUGAAUUUUUAGAUUUUGGGAUCUCUGAUUCUUGUGAUAAAGAUGUUAAUACAGUAUCACCUUCUCUUUGUGUCAACGAAUACGUAACUGAAAUUUCAAAAACAGAUGACAAAUUAUUCUCAAAAGACACUCAAACACCAGUGGAUAAUGAAGAAGAACUUGUAAUGAAAUAUACUAAAGUUGAAACCCCGCAUGAUAACAUAAAAGUUGAGAAUGCAGAUGAUGAGCGAAAUGUAAACCACACCAAUAAAUUAAAUAAUGUAUUGGGUAAUAUAAAUGAUCUUCAAAGUAGUGAACUUACAAGUAGUUCAAGUCAUAUCAUAAAUACUCAUUAUGAAAAGCCAAUUAUUCAAAAUGAUUUUUCAAAACCGAACUCUAAAGAUAUGAAUCAGCAGACUACUGAAUUUAAGACUAACACUAAUAAACCCAUGAACUUGAUGACGAAUAAUAGUGUAAAUGGUAUUUCAACGGACAACAAUAUCGGAAAAAAAGUUAACAUCUUAAAUAAUUCUCUUCCAGCUUCCGUAACAAUUGUUGAAGAUGAAAAUAAAAUUGAUAAAAAUAUUGAAACAGAUGAAUCUAAAAUUGAAUUGAUAAGUAAAAGCAAGUUACUUACAUUACAUAAUUUGUUUUUUAAAUUUAAUGGAAAUUCUUUAGAGAAUAUGUCAACAUGUUAUGUAUGUAACAUGCAAAUAAAUGGAUCCUUAAAAGCGCACAUUUUCAAUGAACAUGAAAACAUCGUUCAUGAACUAAUGAAUGAAACUUUAGAGACCAAUGAAAAUGUACGUAUUGAACACUCAUGUCAUGAAUGCCAUCAAAUAUUUAAUUCUGAUGCAUUUUUGAAAGAACAUAUCGAGCAAGGUGAGUGUAACAUCAAAGGAAUGGGCAGGGCGUCGGCUAGUAGUAAAACUUCCGCAGAAAACGAGGAAUACAUUAAUCAUGAGACCAAAGACUUGAGUGAAAGAAAGCAGACUACCAUGUUGAGUAGUUUUUGCAAAAUAUGUAACAAAGAAUUGUGUAAUAAGUAUUUCAUGAAAACGCAUAUGCAACGGAUGCACGGUAUAUCGAUUCAAAAUGGUAAUCAUAUCGGGGGAGUAGUAUGUGAUAUAUGUAACAAAGAACUUUGCAGUAAAUAUUUUCUACGAGUACACAAACAGAACUCACAUGGUAUUGUUGAAAAUGGAUCUUGCCAAAAAUAUUGGACAGAUUCGAUGGCUGAGAACGGACAACUGUCCGACGAACCUGAUAACGGUCAUAGAUAUUACAAACACUAUACAGAAGUGUGCAAUAUAUGUCUUAGGCGGUUCAGAAGUUCGAAGUGGUUAAGUGCUCAUUUAUUAAACGAUCAUGGCUCUGAGGGAAAAAUCCAAUGGAAGCACAUUCAGAAUCACAUGGAAGAAGAAAAACAAAACUUGCAAUCUAACAACGAGUUGAACACGAGCUUAAGAGCAACUGGAAGUCCUAAACAAAAUUCAGUCGAGGAACAAAACAUAAUAUGCGAUGAAAUGAAAGAAUAUCGUUGUUCAUACUGUUCGUUCACCACGUCCAUUUUAUCGUUUCUUUUCGUACACGAAAAGUUUCAUCUCACCGAGAAUAAAACCACGAAGGACAUGCCAUUAACAUGUCCUACCUGCAGCGUGGCGUUUCAAAACAAGACACAGUUGGAAUAUCAUUUUACACAUUGUCAUUUCAGCUCCGAUGUUGUGAAUUCGCCCGUUUCGUACUCUAUUUUACAUUCACCCAACAACACACAUGUCACACUUAACGUCAACGAAGAUUCGUCAGCAGACAAGUCGUUAGACAAUAACGGAAAUGACGUGUUCACCGACAAACUGGGAACAUCGAUCAAGCCGCGUCAAACGGAAAACGUAUCACCAUCGGGAAAAAACCACUGCAUUCCUGAAUCAAACCACGAACCGUUUAUAAUGCAGUCGUUUUUUCUCGAGAACUGUUCAGUAUCUCCGUCGGCCAAGAAGGAACUAAGUGGUCGCAGCGAUUCGUUUCAUUCGUCUCUAGUCUACUUACCAGUCAAGGAGAAGUUAACUUCAACUGUUAAUGUUUUCUUCAAGCUAACCCCAACAUAAAUAUUUGGAUUUUUAAGGUUAUAUGUAUGUGAAUUUAAUAUAUUCUAUAGCUAUGAUAUACGAUUGAGCUAACUAAAUUAAACAUAUUAAAUAAUAUUAUAGUUUGUAUGGUAUAAUAUAAUAUUAUAAUAUACAUUCACAGAAUUAAAAUAAGACUGAACUACAUAUUUUAUGGGUGCUGGAAUGAAAUUUGGUGAUAUUGAUAAUACUAAAGUUCCUAAUUUAGCCUUGAAUAAAAUAUUAUGUCAUAAUAUAACAUUGGUAGUUUUGUUUACAUUCCAAUUCGUAAAUUCGAACUACUUCGGGAGUCCAUAUGCACCAAAUUCAAAGUUUUUAAGCUUAAUGAAAACAUAUUAUGUAAUAAUAUGAUGAUUAAAGUUCUAAAAAAAUUAUAUCUACAUUUAGAUUUUUUCACUCUUCGUCAAGUAAAAAAUAUGCACUAUUAUAUUAUAAACACAGGGUGAUUCACUAUUAAUACAAAUGUUUGUAUUUAUAACAAACUAUAUGGUAGGUACUUUUGUAAAUUAAUGAAAUUAAAAUAUUUUAGUUUUGGAAACUUUCAUACACUAAGUUCAAAUCUCACCAUAAAAUAAAAAUUAUAUAUCAUCUAUUGAUGCAUAUAAUAUUUAACGAACAUCAGCCAUCAACUAUCAACACAAUUUAUUAUAGAUUGUAUUACCUAAUUUUAUUUUUGGAUUGCUUUAAACUAAUUAUUUUCAUGAUUGUGAAUUUAAUUUUGAUUGAUUUUUUUUUUUAAAUUUUAACGUCUAAAAGUAAUUUUUUAAACUCUUGAAAAUUAGUAACUCAUAUUUAAAACUUCAUAUUACCAAAAUCUUCAUCCCCCCUUUUUUUUUUAAACAAAUGCAUUCUAACUUCUAAAAAACAACUUAAAAUCAAAAAAUGUAGUCUUGCAUUAUUUUAGUUUAUAAUAAGUUGUAAAAUCUAGAGAUUUUUAGCAAAAAUAUUAAAUGUUAGUGUUGUUAAAGUUUCCAAAAAUAAAUUAUUUUAUUUUCUGCUUUACAGAAUUAUCAAUUUUAAAGUAUGAUAAGAAUCACUCUUCAGCUUACAUAGUUUAUAGCGUAUAUAUAUAUUAUAUAUUAUAUAGGUUUCAUAAAUAUAACCUAAUUGUUUUAACUUAUUUAUUAUAGUUCAGUUCAGUUACCUAUAUUUUAAAAGCACCCAUUCAAACGUAAUAAUGUUAAUGGGUUUUUAAAUCAGAUAAUCAAAAAUUGUUUUUAAGCACUGCCUUGACAGCUAGGUCAUUGGCUUGAUAAUCAAAAUUAUACAUUAAACUAGUUCAAUUUUAUAAUCAAAAAAAUAAUAAUUUCGUUAUUAUGUUUUACAGUUAAUAUUAAUUAAAGUUAUCGUUGUACACGCAUGAUGUGCAAUUGUUUAUAUUUUUUUUAUGAACAAUAUUAUUAUUAUCGCUAAUAUAAUAUAUAUUAUGUAGGUAUAACAAGAACGUAAAUAAAAUGAGGAAUCAAAUAAUGGUUUAAUCACAUGAUUAUAUACUCAACACGAUUCAUAAAAUUAGAUGAUACGUUGUUGGUAAUUUUAAUAAGACAUUAAUUUUAAUUACUAGGGCUCGGAUUUAUAUGUUCUACACAUCUUUGAAAUAUGCACUUUAAAAAUUAGUACAUUAAUAAUAUGAAAAUCAAAUCUUAUUGUUACUGAUAUUUAUUUUAUCCCCAUAUCACUAAAAAGAUUUAUACAAACUAUUACUUAAAAAAACGAAAUGUUAAAUCAUCUUAAACCAAAAGCACGUGAAAUGUUAAUUAUUGGUAAAAUCGUCGAUUGUAUAUUUUAAGUUCAAUUAAAUAAAAAAUACCUAACGAGACACUAUCAUUUUUUUUAAUAAAAAUGAAUAAACCUAACCUAUAGCUAACCUAUAGCUUACAAGUAGCAUUAAACUACAUUUUCUUCUUAAUUCUUGGUUUACACAUUUUUGUACCUUGGAAACUUCUUUCCAUUAUAUUAUACAAUGGUCAAUGACAAUAUAUAUAAUGCGACAUUAUAGAUAAGUAUCGUAAGACUUAGUGGAUCAAUUUAAUAACAUUUUUGUACGUAUAUAGUCUGGUGUCUGUAUGCCCCCAUUUCUAUGUUUUUAGUUUAUUACGAUAAGAUUAAGAAAAGAUUAUCGAAUUCCAGGAAUAUGAUUUUAUACUACGAUUUUAUAAUUUACUUUAUUUUCUUUGAUAAGUAUUUUGUAAAUAUACUUCGAAAUGUUGUUUUUAAAC